AUUUCUCUCAAACAAGUUCAGAGUCUCCUUUUAAUUAAACCGAGCUCAAUGCGUUCUUCCUUCUAAAAAUUCACUGUUUGCGUUAACUACCCGGAGCAGAGAACGUGCCUGUCACUGUCAUAUGAACAAAACCGUGUAUUCUGCCGUCUCCGGUUACCACUCCAUCUCCGUUUAAAUUUCUCUCCAGACUCUCCAUCUGCCGUUUGCCGACCUCGAUUGUCAGAAACCUUACCUUCGCAUUUCUUCCCCAAGAAAAUUUCCAUUUCAGUUCAUCUCUGUUCUUCACUUUCAGUUUCUCGAGAAACAAACAGAGGACUGGCAUUUUGUUUUCGCGGGAGAAAUGGAGUCAAAAGCAGAAGAAGAGAAGAGCUGGGAAGAAGUUAUCCGCAAGAUGCUCCCCGCCGGCGCUCCAUUACCAGAUGAAGAACAACUCGACUUCUCAAUCGCUGUAGAGUAUGAGGGCCCUCCAGUCCCCUUCGACGUCCCCAAGAUCGAUCCCCUCGAUCUUGACUCGCUCUCUGGCCGAACCCCUUCCCUCGUCUCUGCCUCGGAACCUGAUUCGGUGAUCCCCGUCGCUGUGCCGGUCGCUCCAAAGAUCUCCAGGUUUGGUUGGGUCCAGAAUUGUGGGUCUGGGAGAAACUUGCCGGGGCUAGUUAAGGGCCGCCCAUCGCCAACAUCUCAGUUUGAAUCACGAUAUGGCAAUGACGAAAACUUGGACUGUAGGAAUGAAAUAGGGGAUGAAGUACUGAACUAUGGGCAGUUGAUUCAUGAUCCAAACUCGGUUUCGAAGGGAAAACCUGCUGAAGGACAACGUGCGGCAGUUGCGACACUCGAUUACGAGGGUGAGUCUGAGAAUGAUAAGGAUGGGUCAUGUUUGCCAUCCAAUGUUGCGGAUGUGGUGGCAUUGCCGGUAGGCCCUUUGAUUCGAGAGAGAGGAGCAAGAAAGAGACGAGUCUGUGGUAGGUGCGGAAAAGGGAUCAUAUUGAAGGAGAGGGAAGCGUGUCUUGUGUGUGAUGCAAGGUAUUGUAGUAACUGCGUGCUUAAGGCAAUGGGGUCAAUGCCUGAAGGUCGCAAGUGCGUGAGCUGCAUUGGGCAGCCAAUAGAUGAGUCAAAGCGGUCACGCUUGGGGAAGUGUUCGAGGAUGUUGUCUAGGGUGUGUAGUCCUUUGGAGGUUGAUCUGAUAAUGAAGGCGGAGAAGGAGUGUAUGGCGAAUCAGGUUCCACCGGAGCAGCUUGUUGUUAAUGGGAGGCAACUGCAGCAGGAGGAAUUGGCCGAAAUUUUAGGCUGUUCAAUCCCCCCUCAAAAAUUGAAGCCUGGGAAGUACUGGUAUGACAAGGAUUCUGGACUUUGGGGAAAGGAGGGUGAGAAACCGGGUAUGAUCAUAAGUUCGAAAUUGAAUGUUGGGGGUAAGCUUCGAUUUGAUGCGAGUAAUGGGAAUACAAGAGUUUAUAUAAAUGGUCGCGAGAUCACAAAGAUAGAGCUUAGAGUAUUGAAGCUGGCAAAGGUACAGUGUCCCCAAGAGACACAUUUCUGGGUGUACGAUGAUGGAUCUUAUGUGGAAGAAGGUCAAAACAACAUAAAAGGGAACAUAUGGGGAAAGGCGUCAACUCGUUUCAUUUGUUCAUUAUUUUCAUUGCCCAUACCUCCUGUCAAUCCUCAUGGGCGUAAAGAAGAAUCAAUUACUUUUUCAGGUAGGCAUGUACCUGAAUAUUUGGAGCAGGGAAGAGUCCAGAAACUUUUGUUGCUGGGGCUGGAAGGAUCUGGAACCAGCACUAUCUUUAAGCAGGCUAAGUUCUUAUAUGGAGACAAAUUCACUCCAGAAGAGCUUCAAAAUAUCAAGCUUGUGAUUCAGAGUAACUUGUACAAGUAUCUCAGUGUAUUAUUGGAAGGGAGAGAGCAUUUUGAAGAGGAGGCUUUGAAGGAGAAAAGAAUUGUUGUUUCUGGUGGUGAAGAUUCUUGCCCAGGUGAAACAGGAGCAGAUGAAAUUAAGCAGUGCAUCUAUUCAAUCAACCAAAGGCUCAAGCAUUUUUGUGACUGGUUACUGGAAAUAAUGGCAAUGGGGGACUUGGAUGCUUUCUUUCCAGCUGCAACACGUGAGUAUGCUCCUGUUGUAGAAGAGGUUUGGAAGGAUCCUGCCAUUCAAGAAACUUACAAGAGGAAGGAGGAAUUGCGUUUCCUCCCUGAUGUUGCUAAAUAUUUCUUAGAUCGGGCUAUUGAGGUAUCGGGUAAUGAGUAUGAACUUUCAGAGACGGACAUUUUAUUUGCUGAAGGGAUUACUCAGGGCAAUGGUCUUACCUUCAUGGAAUUCUCAUUUGAUAAUCAGAGUACUAUGUGUGAGACGUACGAUGAAAACAUUGUUUGCCCACCUCCCUUGACCAAAUACCAGCUGAUUCGCAUAAAUUCCAAGGGACUUCAUAAUGGCUGCAAAUGGCUGGAAAUGUUUGAAGAUGUGAGCGUGGUUAUCUUCUGUGUUGCUUUGAGUGACUAUGACGAGAUGUGUGUCAAUGGUACAGAUCCUCUUUGUAAUAAAAUGCUUGCUAGCAGAGGCUUGUUUGAGAGUGUGGUGAGGCACCCUUGCUUUAGGGACACCCCUUUUGUGCUCCUCCUCAACAAAUAUGAUGCCUUUGAAGACAAGAUCAAUCAGGUACCUUUGACAGUUUGUGAGUGGUUCAGAGACUUCAGUCCCGUGAAAUCACAUCACAACAAUCCCUCACUGGCACACCAAGCAUAUUAUUAUGUGGCAGUAAAAUUCAAGGAGCUAUAUGCUUCCAUAAGCAAUCAGAAGUUGUUUGUGUGGCAGACCAGAGGUCGUACCCGUGCCUCAGUUGAUGAGGCUUUCAAGUAUGUGAGGGAGGUUCUCAAAUGGGAUGAAGUGAAGGAUGAAAGUAUGUAUGACAUGAUUUGGGAUGAUUCAUUUUACAGUACAUAAAUGAGGGAGGGAUGAGUCUUCGUCCUCAUAGCAGCUGUGAUCUAUUAAAUGCAAGUGAAAUUGAAUGUCUGGCUGGCCUCAGGACUCUUGUACAGCUCAAAAGAUCCCCGGGGCUUGAGUGGCAUGUUGCAUGUUGAGCUGCUGUGCUAGCAAGGGUUCCCAGACUGGAUCAGGAGCUCUCGUAGUGAGCAAUUUGUAAACAAACUCAUCUUGAGUAAAGAUUUUGUUUUGGGGCUGAUUCUUUAUCCUUUACAUUGGGAGGGCACAUGCCAAAAAAUCAAAUAAAGACUUCAUUUGUAUAUUAGAACUUGACAGCGGGGAGUAUUAGAACUUUCAAGGGUGGCGCUGGGCGGCGCUGGCUUUGUAAAGAAUGCUUAUGCCUCAACCAUGGAGAUCAAGACCACAGUUAUGGGAUCAUUUAUAGAUGACAACUUCGUUGCCAAGGAAUUGUAUUAAUAAGACUUAUUUUGUUAAAACACCAAGCUGGUUUGAGCUAGGUAAUAAUUUCAUGGUGCCACUCUAGGCAAGAUUAAUUGUUAUCUUAUCCUCACAUGGAACCUGUCUCUUUAAAUUCGUAACUUCGUUACUGAUCUGGUGCUAAUUUCGCAUAAAAAUUAUUGUUGUCUAC